GAAAGGUAGCUGAACACUAUAACAGUAGUAGCAUACCAGAAAGUCUAAACGUCAAAAAAACUAACCAAAACAAAACAAAAAUGGCUGGCAUCCUGGGAGGAAAAGGUUUGACUAAAAGCACUAACAACGGUGUUGUUAAUGCCUCAAAAGGUUGGAAUUAUGUUGCAGGUGCGCCAGAAACGGAGGAACAACAAAAAUACAGAUUUCAAAUAGAAUUGGAAUUCGUACAGUGUUUAGGAAAUCCCAAUUAUUUGAAUUUUUUAGCGCAAAGGGGCUACUUUAAAGACAACGCAUUCAUAAACUACUUGAAAUAUCUCCUGUAUUGGAAAGAACCCGACUACGCCAAGUACCUAAAGUACCCAAUGUGUUUGUAUUUCCUCGAUUUACUCCAGUACGAGCACUUUAGGAGAGAAUUAGUGAACGCGCAUUGCUCCAAAUUUAUCGACGACCAGCAGAUAUUACUGUGGCAACAUUACACGAGAAGGAGAAGCCGAUUAUUAUCAACUCCCGUGUCCAACGGAAACACCGAACAAAAUAAUAGCAAUCAAAACAAUCAGAGUAACGGACACAUGAAUUCUAAAAUCUCUUAAUUUUGUUACUAGAUUAUAGGAAAAUCGUAUUUUAUACUUUUGUAAAUUUUAAUGUAUUCUGUAUAAUAAAUUAUGAUACUAUUGUAA